AUGUCGGAUCAAAGCCCCUUUGAAACAGAUAUGAUAACCCUGAACCGAUAUGUCAUGGAGAAAGGACGGCGGGUGAAAGGGGCAACGGGAGAACUGACCCAGCUUUUGAACUCAACACUCACUGCCAUCAAGGCCAUCUCAUCAGCAGUCCGAAAGGCAGGUCUUGCUCAUAUAAAAGCCUCUCAGUAUAUCAAACAAACUACCACUGAAGAUGAGCCUUCUGAAAAGGACGCCUUACAACCUGGACGCAACAUUGUGGCUGCAGGCUACGCUCUGUAUGGCAGUGCAACGCUGGUCGCCCUUUCAACGGGCCAAGGAGUGGACUGCUUUAUGUUGGAUCCUGGUCUUGGUGAAUUCAUUUUGGUGGAAAAAGAUGUGAAGAUUAAGAAGAAAGGAAAAAUCUAUAGUCUUAAUGAAGGUUAUGCAAAGUAUUUUGAUCCUGCUGUGACUGAAUAUUUACAGAAGAAGAAAUUUCCUGAGGAAGGUACAUCUCCUUAUGGAGCCAGAUACGUAGGCUCCAUGGUGGCUGAUGUUCAUCGUACCUUGGUGUAUGGCGGGAUAUUUUUAUAUCCAGCUAAUCAGAAAAGUCCCAAAGGAAAGCUGCGGCUCUUGUACGAAUGCAACCCCAUGGCUUUUAUCAUUGAACAGGCUGGAGGAAUAGCUACCACAGGCAAAGAGGCAGUGCUGGAUAUAAAACCAGAGUCUAUUCAUCAGAGAGUCCCUUUUGUUGUUGGUUCUCCUGAAGAUGUUCAAGAAUAUCUUGCAUUUGUACAGAAACACCAGAAAAGCAGCUAA